GUUCCAACUUGGAUAUACAAGAACCUAUACACUUUUUUUUUUUUUAAAUUGGCUAUUUUGUAGCACCGGAGUGUAUUUUAGGCUCUUACGCUAACUUAGGGCUGUUAAACGGGGUGUUAGUAAGACCUAAAGGAUUGGCAAUUGGAUUACCGUCGUUAGCCGCUUUAUUAGAAAACAACCAACAUUACUGUCAACGGGUCUCGUGCCUGUUCGCUUGCGAACUUCAAGUUUUAAUCCGUGCUCGCGCUUGUCACUUUCAACGGUCAACUUUGGGAAUAUCAUGAGCCCUUAGUUUUGCAUUAAAUCAGCAAACUUCGUAGAUUUGUUUUUAGAUCUUCAUCUAGAUAUGGAUAACUACCGCCAUCCACGAUUUGAAGGUUCGAAUCAAGGGAGGGAGAAUAAAGUACACCGAAAGAAAGGAUUUGGAGUCGUAGUGUCAUCCCAUGGCAGUUCAAGUGGGGAUGACGGAGAGAAGAAGCCUAAAUUCCAUUUAAACAUCAGAACACUUACAGAUGAUGUGUUGGAUAGAUUUUCCAGUAUCCGGAUCCCUGGAAGCAAAAAGGAACGGCCACACCUCUCCCACAUGUCCAAGCAUUCUUCUGGUGACUGGUCCACUUCCUCUGAAUUUGAGGAGCUUUCUUCAAAAAUCACAUCGGAGAAGGAAAUCCUUGCCCUCUUUGAGAAAAUGAUGGAGGAUAUGAAUCUUAAUGAAGAGAAGAAGGCACCACUCAGAGAGAAGGACUUGAGCACAAAAAGGGAGAUGGUCCUUCAGUACGUCAUCACAGCUGCAAAAAAUGGUAGUUUGAGGAGCAGCAGUCAAAUUUCUCCUCAGGAGUUUCUGAGUGAGCUGAAAGGUGGCGCCACCGAUGAAAGACUGUUUGCCUGUCUGGACUCCCUCAGAGUGUCACUCACCAGCAACCCAGUCAGUUGGGUGCAGAGUUUUGGCCAUGAGGGUCUGGGCCUCCUGUUGGAUACGCUGGAGAAGCUCCUCCUCAAAAAACACCAGGAAAAGGUGGAUAAGAAGAGUCAACACAAAGUCAUUCAGUGCCUGAAGGCCUUUAUGAACAACAAGUAUGGACUGGAGCGGAUCCUUGGGGAGGAGACUAGUCUGGCACUGUUGGCCCAAGCCAUUGACCCUUGUCAGCCGGCCAUGAUGACAGAUGUGGUUAAACUGCUUUCUGCAAUCUGCAUUGUGGGAGAAGAAAAUAUUUUGGAGAAGGUCCUUGAAGCCAUCACCACGGCAACAGAGGGAAGAGGGGUGGCCCGCUUUAACCCUAUCGUCCAAGGCCUUAGUGUUCGCUCCGUCCAGUUACAGGUGGCUUGCAUGCAGCUCAUCAAUGCCCUCGUAACGUCUCCUGAUGAGUUGGACUUCAGGCUGCACAUCCGAAAUGAAUUUAUGCGCUGCGGCCUGCGAGAGAUCCUGCCGAGCCUGAACACUAUAAAAAACGAUGCUCUGGAUAUUCAGCUGAAGGUCUUUGAGGAGCACAAGGAGGAGGACAUGAUUGAGUUCUCCCAUCGCCUGGAGGACAUUAGGAGUGAACUGGAUGAUAUUGGUGAUGUCUUUAAUGUGUUAUAUUGCUCUGUGAAGGACACAAGCGCUGAGAGCCAUUUUCUUUCCAUACUGCAGCACCUGCUGCUGGUCAGGAAUGACUAUUUCACCCGGCCUCAGUAUUUUAAGAUCAUAGAGGAGUGUGUGUCUCAAAUUGUCCUCCAUCGUUGCGGCACAGAUCCUGAUUUCACAUACCGCAAACGUCUGGAUGUAGACUUCAGCCACCUGUUAGAGGUGUGUGUGGAUAAAGCCAGGACUGAGGAGUAUGAACAGAGGGCCUCAGAGUUAGCUCAAAAGCUUGAUGAGGAGUUCCUGGGAAGACAGGAAGCUCAAGCCCAGAUGUUGAAGAGAGAGGAGAAGAUCAAUGAGCUGGAGGCUGAACUUCAGGCCUAUAGAAACCAGUGCGGAGCCGUUCCAGUGGUCUUGUCUUCAGUGCAAUCUGUUCCGGCCUCUUCCUCAUGCCCAACUCCUCCUCCACCUGUUCCUGGGGCUGCAGCUUUGCCACCCCCUCCACCUCCACCACCUCUACCAGGCUGUGCCUUCGUACCUGGGAUGCCUCCACCCCCUCCUCCUCCUCUGGGACUGGGUGCCCUGACAUCCUACUCAGUCCAACACACGCUGCCUUUCGGCCUGAAACCCAAGAAGGAAUUCAAACCCGAAACUUCCAUGAAGCGCCUCAAUUGGUCCAAGAUCUCACCCCAGGAGAUGUCCGAGAGCUGUUUUUGGGUCAUCGCCAAAGAGGAUCGGUACGAGAACGAGGACCUGCUCACCAGGCUGGCCAUUACCUUCGGUACACAACGAGCCGCUCGACGAGAAGAGGAGGAUCUGGAGGAGAAGAAAUCCAUCAAAAAGAGAGUUAAAGAACUGAAAGUGCUGGAUCCGAAGAUAGCACAGAACCUCUCCAUUUUCCUGGGGUCAUUCCGGAUGCCCUACGAGGAGAUCAGGAAAAUGAUUUUAGAGGUGGACGAGGAUCAGCUAACUGAGCCCAUGAUCCAGAAUCUUGUAAAACACCUGCCUGAACAGGAGCAGCUGAACACACUGGUCAAGUACAAGAGUGAAUAUGCCAACCUCUCUGAACCGGAGCAGUUUGGAGUAGUGAUGAGUAGUGUGAAGCAUCUGAGGCCCAGGCUCAACUCCAUCCUGUUUAAGCUGCAGUUUGAAGAGCAGGUGAAUAACUUGCGUCCAGACAUCAUGGCAGUGAACGCUGCCUGCGACGAGGUGAGGAAGAGCAAAUCCUUCAGCAGGCUGCUGGAACUCAUUCUGCUCAUGGGGAACUUCAUGAACGCCGGCUCACGGAACGCCCAGUCCUUCGGCUUCAACCUCAGCUCACUUUGCAAACUGAAGGACACUAAAUCGGCUGAUCAGAAGUCCACUCUACUGAAUUUCCUGGCAGAGAUCUGUGAGGAGAAAUACCCUGAAGUGCUGCUGUUUGUGGAGGAUCUACAGCAUGUGGAUCGGGCCAGUCGAGUAUCGGCAGAAAACCUUGAGAAGAGCCUGAGACAGAUGGAGAAACACCUGCUGCAGUUGGAGAAGGAUCUGGACACUCUCAGCUCCACAGACGACCACCAGGACCUGUUCCACAGCAAGAUGGCAAGUUUCUGUACGCAGGCGAGAGAUCAGUACCAGAAGCUGAUGACCAUGCACAGGAAUAUGGUGACCCUUUACCUCAACAUGCUGGAGUUUUUCGCCAUCGACUCUAAGAAGACUUCCGUGGAGGAGCUCUUCACUGACCUCAGCAACUUCAGAGCCAUGUUCAUGCAAGCAGUGAAGGAGAACGUAAGGAGAAGAGAGGCGGAGGAGAAGCAGAGGAAAGCGAGGAUAGCCAAAGAGAAGGCAGAACGAGAGAAGCAGGAGCGGCAGAUGAGGAAAAAGAGACUGAUGGAGGUCAACACAGAGAACGAUGAGACCGGUGUGAUGGAUUGUCUGCUGGAGGCGCUGCAGUCUGGAGCCGCUUUCAGAGACCGCAGGAAAAGAGCACCCAGACCCCGAGAUGAACCAACACAAUUGCUCAACCCGAGUCCACAAAGACCUGUUCUGAAAGACUGCAACCACGAAAACAUGAAGGCACCUCUGCAAAGGUCACGGUCGCGGCAGAAUAUCAAUUUCAACUCGACACGAGCACCCACUGCCAAGGAGCCUCAUUACGAGAGCGAACCCCAUCCGUCUGCAGCCCACAGGCCGACCCACCGGCCUGAGAGAGAAAAGGAAAAAGAGCAAACUCCGACGCUUUGCUCAUCCAACGGUGACACGGACGUGGAGGCCUUGCUCGCCCGUCUGCGUGCCCUGUGAUGACAUCACCGCCUCCUCGGACCUCUCUGGUUUGACCCGUGUAGUCGCUACGGUGACACAGAAGAGAAACGCAAAGCUCACAGUCACCUUUUGCUAAUAAAUGCCGGGAGGUUGCGCACAUACGCGCAUAGGAAAAGUCUUAACAAUUAACCUUUCCCAUCCGUCUCCUCUGCCCUUUUACCUCCAACAGCAGACUUCUUGUCCACAGAAUGCGAGUCAUUGUGCUGGUUUGGUCCACGAUGAAAACUCGCAGUUUUUUUUAUUAAACAGCUAAUUACUGGACCAUUUACAGUGACCUUUGGGCCAAGCACUCGUAUCUUUUUUUUAUGUCAUAAACAGAGCAAUUUUUACUCUUUAAAAAGCUCUUUAGGGAACAUGUGUCUUAUGUAUACGCUUUGAGCAAUAACAGUUUUGUCAAAUCGAAUUUACCCUUUAUGCUUUCAGACUCAUUUUACCCCAGCUAGCAAAAGCAUAUAAUAUAGCUAUAUGUUUAUUAUAAAUAUAAAUAACUUUUUUUUCAGUUUGAUUUGCCGUUGUUUGUAUUCAUGUUAAUGCCAAAUGAAUCCUAAAAAGUUUUAUUAUGCAUGGAACUCAUUAUACUUAACUAUCUGAUGUACUCAUUUUUUUUUUUUUCGAAAUAAAACAGAAUGUAUUAGUUGUGUUUCGUCCCCCUCGAGAGAAAGACGGUACUAUGCAAGAGCAGCGGUUCUGUAUUACGAGAGCUGCUGACAGCAGAUCCCUGAGUGCCAGGAGUAUUUGUACAACUUAGCAAUCCUCACUGAGAUAAUGCACACUCUUUCUCUGCACAUUUGUUCUCGGAUCUGUCGCUUUUCCAAAUAACGUUUCCUUUUUCUUUUCUUUUUUAUUUGUUAGACCUUUAUUGUGCGUCUGUCUCAUUAUGUGCACGUGUUUGUCUGGUGUUUUCUCAUUGUAUAAUUGGCACGUUUUCACAUUCCUCCUCGUGAUGUUUUCUGUUCUGCUACUCCUGAUGUGAUUUUCCUCUUUACUGCUCUCAAUCAGGCGUGACAUCAGAAUGAGAUUACCUGUGAAAUCACAUCUUUCUCUCUCUCUUGUUCUCCCUGGACUUACUGCACUCGCUUCACCCUUUUUGAUUCUUUGAAACAACAUUCUUGUUAUUGGAUAGACAUUAUUGCGAUGGCAUCCUUUGGUGAAAUGUUUCAAAUAAAAUAAGGAAAAGAAAAAUGAUGCAAGAAAUUCGUUUGUUUGGCUUUU